AUGAAUACUGCCUGUGGCAUACUAACGAACAUUAAACCGGAGUCUUUAUCCAAUGAAAUCGAUCAAUGUCUCGAAGUAUUUGAGAGCGUGAGAAAAACUUUUAAAUCAAGAGUGCGAAAUGUAUUCUUAUAUCCUAAUUUGAUAUUCAAUCUCACUGCUGUGGGACGAGAGCAGCGAAAGAGCGUAAACUGUUUACAUUCUUUUACAAAUAAGAUAAUACAACAGCACACAUAUGCAUUAAAUACACAGAAUACCAACAUUGAAUCUGGAACGUCGAAUCAUAAAACAAUUCUUGACAUUCUAUUAGAAAUGUCUUAUAAAGACAAGUACCCGCAAGACAUGAUACAUGAUAAUCUAAUUACGAUAAUGUUAGAGGCUUUCGACACAAUAGCUGUUACGGUAGAUUUUGCAAUCUUUAUGUUAGCAAAUUUUCCAGAGAUACAAGAAAAAGCAUAUAAAGAAUUAUGGGAAAUUUAUGAGACGCAAACUCCAAAAUGUGCCCCAAUUAAAUACGAAGAUUUACAACAUAUGAAUUACUUAGAUUGCGUCAUUAAAGAAACUAUGAGAUUAUUUCCUGCUGUUCCUUUAAUUGGGCGAUAUCUAACAAAGGAUGUAAAAAUAGGAGAGUUUAUUUUGCCAAAGGACACUGAAAUUGUUUUGGCAAUACUGGCUCUACACCGAAAUGAAAAAUAUUGGCCCGAUCCGUUGAUAUUUGACCCGGAAAGAUUCCUCCCUGAGAAAAUAGGAACAUCUUAUAAGUAUUACAUGCCAUUUAGUUAUGGUCCCAGAAAUUGUAUAGGUAUGAGAUAUGCAAUGAUUGCAAUGAAAAUUCUCUUAGCAAUUUUGAUAAGAACAUUUGUAUUCAAAGUCGAGAAAAGUAUUCAGAUAAAUGCAAUAAAAUUAGAUAUGGCUAUAACACUAUGUACUGUUAAACCUAUAGAAGUCAUUAUUGAAAAACGAGAAUUACAUUAAAAUAAUAUAAGAAUAUGUUUAUUGAAAGACAAUUGA